AUGGCAGACGCCGAGCCCCUCUACGUCUACAAGCUGAUUCCCUCGACGUCUCCGGUACGGGAACCCCUCCCCGAUCGGCUGCCGGUUAGCGAGCUGGAUGAGAAAUCGGGAUUCGUACACCUCUCGACAGCAUUUCAAGUACCGAAUACCCUCAAAAUGUUCUUUAAAGACGAGCCGCUGGUCUACGUGCUCCGGAUUCCCUUUGAGGGCAUAGCCGGCCAGGUCCGGUGGGAGAAUCCUGACGGGACAGUCUGCGGACCGCGACCGAAAGAGGGCUUGUUUCCGCAUCUGUACAAUGAUCUCAAGUUGGGCAAGGAUGAGGUAGAGACUGUUGCUAUCUGGAAGAAUGAUGAGGGCUGGGAUAAAGCCCUCCUGCAGGCGAAACCAUGGCUGUUGUAUUGA